UAAAAAUUCCAGGUCUGCCUUUUUUUUUCUAAUUAUAUUUAUUGGACUUUAUUCGUCUCAAAAAAUUUUCCUCGAGAAGAAACUGAUAAUGUUUGAAAAAGUAGGUAAAGUUGAAACAGAUAAAUAAAAUGAAAAGGAGAAAUUGAAAUAUGAAUAUAUUUCUUCGGUUAUUUCAACUUUUCAUUUUUCUUCAAGAAAUUUCACCAAGUCAUUUGCUUUUCUUUUACUCCAAAAGAAUUGAGUAGAUAUUAUCACUAUGACUUCUCGAAAAAAAUUUUAAAACUCCAGGCGAAAUGACAAUCCCUGUUUUGCCGCCCACGCAAAGGAAACAGAGAUGUCGACUUUGCAAUUGGAUGACAAAACAGCAAUGAUCUACUAUGCCGACCGAUGGUAAAACAGUAUCUGCUUUGCCGGCUGGCACUUCCAGUUGCAAAAAAAUCCGUUGAGGUGGCAGCACCAUCCACGUCUCCCCCACUUCCCACGACGUCACAUCCGGAAAGAUUCACGAUCCAUCGGCCAUUUUGUUUUUCGUCCAAGCCCAGAGUUCUCGUCUUGUCGCCAAAAACCUCCACCAAAAACAUCUCCUUAACCCCAACAUCACCCAGUCACGAGCAGCCGAAGUAAACAGUCGAAGUGCAGUACCAGAAGAUCGAAAUUAAAAAAAAAAUCACCAAUAAUCCAGUAAUCCAUUAUAAUUGAAAUUGUCGUGUGCUAAUGCGUGGCAUUUCAGAAACAUCACCAAGUCGCACAAUGGCGGAGGACUUGGACGUGGAGGCAAUGCUGGAAGCACCAUACAAAAAAGGGGAGCAGGAAUCGUCCAAAGAUAAGUCCAAGGAGAAUGGGUCCAGCAGGAGAGCAUCUGGGAAGAGCAGACAUCGUUCUCGGAGCCGUUCGAGAUCGAGAGAACGUCGAUCGCGUCGUUCUCGUGAUCGUGAGAGAGAUGGGCACAGGGAGAGAGAGAGGGAGAAGGAAAGGGGGGAGCGUGAUCGUGAUCGUGAUAGGGAUAGGGAUAGAGAGAGAGAUAGGAAGAGGAGGUCAAGGUCUAGGGACAGAAAGGAGAAGGAGAGGCAUCCUGAGAGAGGUGAUCGAGAAAAAACGAGAGAGAGGGAUAGGGAGAGGGAGAAGGAGAAGGAGAAGGACAGAGAUAGAGAGAGGGGUAGGAGGAAGAGAUCCUUGACACCCAUCACUCUCCCCAGGGCACGACCUCCUUUUGGAAAAGGGGUCAGUCCCCUAGGAAUACGAACAGAUGAACUCACCCCAGAGGAGCGUGACGCCAGGACAGUGUUCUGCAUGCAGCUCUCCCAGAGAAUUCGAGCCCGAGAUCUGGAGGAAUUUUUCUCAUCAGUUGGAAAAGUCCAGGACGUCAGAUUGAUCACUUGCAACAAGACGAGAAGAUUCAAGGGUAUAGCGUACGUAGAGUUCAAGGAUCCAGAGAGUGUGACACUGGGCCUAGGCCUAUCAGGACAAAAACUCCUGGGUGUACCAAUUGUUGUGCAGCAUACACAAGCUGAGAAAAACCGAAUGGGCAAUUCCAUGCCAAAUCUUAUGCCCAAGGGCCAGACUGGACCCAUGAGGCUGUACGUUGGCUCUCUCCACUUCAAUAUCACUGAGGACAUGCUCAGAGGUAUCUUCGAGCCCUUCGGCAAGAUUGACAACAUUCAGCUUAUCAUGGAUCCUGAGACUGGACGCAGCAAGGGGUAUGGAUUUCUCACAUUCAGAAAUGCUGAUGACGCCAAAAAGGCACUGGAGCAGUUGAAUGGGUUUGAACUUGCUGGACGACCCAUGAAGGUAACUGAUUAUGUUGGAAAUGUCACUGAGAGGACUGAUCUCAUGCAGGGACCAUCGCUGCUUGAUACUGAUGAACUCGAUAGAAGUGGAAUCGAUCUUGGAGCCACUGGAAGAUUACAGUUGAUGUUUAAACUGGCAGAGGGAACUGGCCUGGAGAUACCACCAGCUGCUGCUAAUGCCCUUAAUAUGGCACCUGUGAUAACAACACCUCAGCCACCGCCUCAGGCAGCACCACCAAUAGCAACUCAAUGUUUCAUGCUAUCCAAUAUGUUCGAUCCACAAAAUGAGACAAAUCCAACUUGGUCCAAGGAAAUUCGUGACGAUGUCAUUGAAGAGUGCAACAAACACGGUGGGGUAUUGCACGUGUACGUGGACCAAGCAUCGCCUCAGGGUAAUGUCUAUGUCAAAUGUCCAUCAAUAGCUACAGCUGUUGCAGCAGUGAAUUCCCUCCAUGGGCGUUGGUUCGCUGGAAGAGUCAUCACAGCUGCUUACGUACCACUCGUCAACUAUCACUCGUUGUUCCCUGAUGCCAUGACAGCACUCCAAUUACUCGCACCCAGUGCACCUAGAAGAGGAAUUUGAUUCUCCUAAUCAAUUGGCCAAUGAUUUUGACAUUAUCGAGGGUUUUUGUCGAUCAUAGGUCGACUGGGCACAUUUUUUUUUUUUCACGGGGAAAUAAAUAUCAGUCAUGAAGACUUUCCAGUCAUUUAUUUGCUGUUGGAAGUCCUGUAGGAGUUUCCAUUGACUCGAAUUUUUUCAACCACUUCAAUAUUGAUUCGUGAUAAUUCGUUU